AUGUCCCUUAUUCGCGCCGCUAGCGGCGCCGUUAUUCGGUGCUUUCGAUGCUUUGAGGGCGUAGCGGAUUAUGUUACGGGCGCGGCGGGGCCCGUGUUCAUCGGUCUCGCGUGGGUGUUGACCAGUGUUGGGGGUUUUGUGUUCUUCGACGUAGUGGCCAGCGCCCUCUCAUGGCCCACAACUCUCCUCUUCCUCCCGAUCUACGUCCUCGUCCCAUUGAACAUGUACGGCCAAUACUACCUCGUGACCCACAUUUCGCCAGGAUACCCCGUCGCACGGAGUGAGAAGGAUACGCGGUUGCUCUAUCCCGCAAGGGGGAGUUUCUUCACUCCAGAGAGGUGGGGAUGGGAGAGAAAGGGGCCGACACCGAUCCCGGCUGGACCGCACUUGGGGAUGCGGGUGCGGAGGUGUAGGAAGUGCGAGGGGCCUAAGCCUGAGCGCACACACCACUGCAGCGUAUGCAACCGCUGCGUACUCCAGAUGGACCACCACUGUCCAUGGAUCAACGCCUGUGUCGGACUACACAACCAGCGCCACUUCGUGCUCUUCAUGGUGUGGCUCAGCUUUGCGUGCUGGGUUGUCGCGGUGCUGGGAUACCCGCACUUCUGGACGAGCGUGGAUAUGAGGCAUGCUUGGCCAGCGUUUACCCCCCGCAUAGCUUUCACGCUCAUCUGGGUACUCUCCAUUGCUAUUGGGUUCGCCGUCCCCGUCCUCGGAGGGUGGCAUCUCUACAUGGUCGCGAAGGGGGAGACAAGCAUUGAGAGUCACGAUAACGAGUAUUUGACACGCAAGGCCAAGGAAGAGGGGUUGAUAUACCUCAACCCUUAUGACCAGGGGAAACGGCGUAACCUCGAGUUCUUCUUCAACAUAGGGCCGGAGGGGUACCCCCCGAUUACCCUCCUCUUCCCGCUCCUCGUCCCCCCCUCAACAAACGGCUGGGUCUGGCCUCACCGUACCUUCCCCUCGCCAGCACCACGUGUCGGCUCACUCCAUGCGCCCGAGCUUGCCGCGGGUCUGAUCGACCGCAACGACCGAGAAAGUGGCCAGGGCGACGGGCCUGGUGGCCGCUACGUCAUGGGCGGCGGAGAUGAGCUGACGGACGAUGAGGGCGGCGGCGGAGGAUGGUGGGAGCCGGAGUGA